GUGUGUGUGUGCCAGUGUGUGUGUCUGUGUGAGUAUGCCAGCAUAUGUGUAUGUGGAGCUCGUGGGAGUCUGUAACUGAAAUCAGGGUUUAUGUCUGCAGGCUCCAGUCACACAGAUUGCACUGUGCUGGAUACACGAGCAGCUGGAUUUACUGAAACGGCAGCGAGACAGACUGAGUGAAAAGAACCAAAACUAUUGCCCUUAGACCAAAGGGCAAAGACUGCAGACAAAAUCAGGAAAUAAAGUUGGAAGUGCAAAAAAGAAUCUGUAUCUUUUGAACUGCUGCUGGAUAUAGUUCACUAUGAGUGUUGCACCAGGAAUUUGAAGAUGAACCCCUAUGUCACCUCUCAGUUCAGGAAAGAUCUCUUUCCCCACUUUCAUUUGUUGCUUUUUUUGAGUUUUAUCUCUGAUUUCUAUUGGUUUUCCAAGUGGGCCUUUUGAGCAUUUUGUUUCCUCUUCUGCUGUGCCUUGAUGCUGUCUUUUUCAGGUAUUUGAAAUGUUUUCCCAAGAGCAGCAACACCUUCAAUUCAGUGAGAAUCAAACUAUGGAUACGCCAAGAAUAUGGAUUUUAAAGUAUCAUGUGAAUCAAGCUUUAUUCUUGACCUCUCUGACUCCUGCAUGUUUAUUUUAAAACCUUAUUUAAUCCUAUUCAACACAUCCAAAAAAUACAUACCAACCCGAGAGGCUCUUUUUGACAUCAGCAAAAGGCUUUUUGUGGACCUAUUGAUUCCUUCCUGCAUGUUCCAUUUUUUUCUCUGUUUGCCCUUUUUUAGUAUCUCUGGCCUCAUUUUCACAGGCAGAUGUUUUAAAAAGUGUAUGUUCUCACAGCCCACCUGAAUUUAGUGAUUGGAUAUUAACAAUCUAAAAUGUUGAUGAUUCCAAUGCCAUAAGACCUCAGAGACUUUAGACAGUGAUGUUUGAACUCUAUAAAAAUGGUCAUCAAUUACCAGGUCAUAUUUCCACUUUUAGUAAAACUAGUCAUUGUUAAUUUGAGUAUAUCUACUCUGUAAUAGAUAGGUUAGAUGUGAUUUCUCUGUUCUCUCAAACUUUUGUCUCUUGAUCAUCAGUUUUGUCUCUAGAAUAAGCAGACUUUCUGAUCUAAAUCUCUUGAUCGUUUCCCUCCCAGAGAGGCCUCUUUUUAUACUAACCUUUAAUGAGGACAUAUAUCCUGGAUUCUCUCAAUUGACCCUUUUCUUCUACCCAGAGCAGACAUUUUUGUCUCCAUUGGAAUUCAUCUGUGUUUGGAGCUACUCAAAAGAUGUGAUGCUGCUACACAAAAUGACACCGUGUUUUGGAGAACUGGGGUAAAGCUUUGGGGCUGGAAAUUCUGUUGAAAUUAAAUGAAAGUGGACAGCAUAUCAGAUCCAACAUGGACCUGGGACUGUGACAGAGCAUCUUGUGUUAUUUUUCCAUUUAUUUAUUUUUGUCUGCAUCAUGUUGAUUGGUAAUUGAAAUGUCUGUUGAGAUCUGUGUGGACUGCACCUGUUGAAUGAGAUUUAAGAGACUGCCAUUAUCCAGUGAAGACGUCUUGGAGGGAUAAACCGGUCUGUAUAGGCAUGAUGCUUAUUGUUGGCUGCUUUAGUAUGGCUGGUUUUUUAAUGCAUGCCUCAUACAUUUUUUCUCUUUAUCACACUUUCCUAUGCUUCCUGCAAGAGGAGUGAUUUCUGAGUGCUUUCUUUAGUUUGCUUUAUUUUUCCCUGUGCUAUUCAUGUUCUUUCAGAGAACUGUAUAUUUUAAUAUAACUGCCCACAACUUUCUGCAUGUCUGUCCUGUGCAAGCCAAGCCUGGUCUGUGUGUACCUUCAGAUUCUGUGAGUGUAUCUAUGCUUGUAUCCUCCAUACUUUCACACAUGUGCACACUGUAUAGAUCUCAGAUCUUUGUUUUCCACCAAAUGAAGAAGAUAUUGCCGCUGGAAUUCUCCUCUAUGGUACUGAUGUAUCCUGACCUCCAAGGAUUUGGAUUCUUUUGUCAUUUACAACUCUGGUAAAAGCUUCCUGUCCAAUUAAGUCUGUUUAGAGGACCGUCUUUGGAAACGGUUUGUCAAUGCUGCUCCUUUUGAUGAUUGUUCCAGUAUUUUGCCUACAGACACCACAAGUCUCUCAGGAUUUUAAUCUACUGCACACUAAACAGGAUUUUUGCAAGUGAUACUUUUCAAGAUUAAACCACUGGAAACCAGAGACUAUAUUAUGAUGUGGGGUAUGAACUCAGUAACAGCUUUGAACCCACACAUACUUUGACAUAUGUAUACCAUGCUUAAUUUGUGUUUUCAGCUCCAAACCUUCACAUUUUGGGCAUUUCCCCAUUCUGUCAUCUGCACAUAGACUCACAUAUUUGUCUGUAGUCUCCAGUCAUGGGAGCUGCACGGGUCAAGCGACGCUUCAGUGCCGUGGUAGACACACCCCUUGACGAGGAGGAGGUCAUGAAGCUCGCUCAGAGUGAUGAUGUCACAGGAGCAUGUGGAGUGGAUCUCCCCUCUCCAACCUGCAAUGGCAAACUGCUCAACCUGCUCCACAACAAUGAAGAGAAAAGUGGUGAGAGAGACGAGGAGGAUGAUGAUGAUGAUGAUGAUGAUGAUUAUGAUUGUGAUGAUGGUGGAUCGAUGGAAGGAAGGGGGAGAGGAGGAGGAGGAGGAGGGGGAGGAAGGCGUGGCCCGGCACUCAGGGGUGCGGGCAGGAGGGAAGGGGGGUGGCAGCGAGCCCAGAGAAGUUCAUCCCCCUCCCCUUCCCCCUCACCCCCCCUGGGCAUCCAAGGCCGCCGCCGCCGCCGGCCCCGUGGACGCUUUGUGGGCAAGGAUGGCCGCUGCAACGUCACCUUUGUCAACAUGAGCGACAGGGGCCAGCGAUACCUCACUGACCUCUUCACCACCUGUGUGGACAUCCGCUGGCGCUGGAUGCUGGUGGUCUUCACCCUCUCUUUCCUGCUCUCCUGGUUGCUUUUUGGAUUCGCCUUCUGGCUCAUAGCUGCUGCACAUGGGGAUCUAACUGUCACAUCAUCAUCUUCCUCAUCCUCCACAUACACUUCUUCUUCUACAUCUUCCUCUCCUUCUACAACUUCACUGAACCCCGAAGUGGAGCAUUCUAGGAAACCAGUGGAGCCUGAUGAACGUUGCUUUCAGCAGGUGAACAGUUUCAUGGCUGCCUUCCUCUUCUCUCUGGAGACGCAAACCUCUAUAGGCUAUGGUUUCCGUAGUGUGACUGAGGCCUGUCCCCUGGCGGUGCUGGCUGUCGUGUUGCAGUGCAUUGUGGGCUGCAUCAUCGACGCUUUCAUCGUUGGGGCGGUCAUGGCCAAGAUCGCUAAGCCCAAAAAGCGCAACGAGACAUUGGUGUUCUCUGAUGUGGCCGUGGUGGCAAUGAGGGACGGGAAGCUCUGCAUGAUGUGGCGUGUAGGAAACCUGCGUAAGAGCCACCUGGUGGAGGCCCAUGUCCGGGCACAGCUGCUGAAGCCAAGAGUGACCCCAGAGGGGGAGUUUCUACCUUUGGACAACGAGGACAUCAAUGUGGGUUUUGACACAGGCACUGAUCGAAUCCUUCUGGUGUCCCCGGUGACCAUUGUGCACGAGAUUGACGAGGAAAGCCCAUUUUUUGAGAUGGACAGGCGGACACUAGAGUCAGACACAGAGCUGGAGGUGGUGGUCAUUCUGGAAGGCAUGGUUGAAGCAACUGCCAUGACCACACAGUGCCGCUCUUCUUACUUGGCUUCUGAGAUCCUUUGGGGUCAUCGCUUCGAACCUAUGCUCUUUGAAAAGAAAAACUGCUACCAGGUGGACUACUCUUACUUCAAUAAGACAUAUGAGGUCCCUGACACGCCAUCCAGCAGCGCUAAAGAGCUGGCUGAGAAGAAAUACAUCCUGGGCUCCCGUUCCUCUUUCUGCUACGAGAAUGAAGUGGCAUUGCAGCUCUCCUCCUCUCCUCCCUCCUCCCCUAGCAAAAUCUCUCCAUCCCCCUCUCUCUCCCCUUCAGUCACUCUCCCCACGCCUCAGCCCCCGCCCCGUCGUGGCUCCCGCAAUGAGCACCCACACACACACUGAGCCCUCCCAACUGCUGGGGGCAAAGGGCAUUGGGCACAGGGGAGAAAUGGGGUCAGAGAGAGAGAAAGAGAGAGAGGGAGAGAGAGAGAGAGAGAAAUAUAGGUAGAGAAGAGGGUAAAGAGAAAGGACAGAGUUAGAGGUAAUGAGGUUCUGUGGGGACAGAGAGAAAGCUUCAGACAAAGGACAAGAACUUUGAAAGGCAGAAAA